AUGGCGGGCAAGAAGGGCGGCGACGGCAGCAAGAAGGCAGCAGGCCAAGCCCGAAAGGCCGAAGCCGCUGCUGGCAAAGCUGCUGCGGAAAACGCGAAGAACACGGUGGCCGAGGACGCAGAGUGGCAGAAGGGAUCCAAGAGCAACGCGAAGAAAGAAGCAGAGGCAGCCAAGAAGGCAGAACAAGCUCGGAAAAAGGCCGAAAAGGACGCUCUCGCCGCCGAAGAAGAAAAGAGCCUACCGACUCGCGCCGGUCCCAAGAACGCUAAGACCGCUGUCAAGAAAACCAACCCCAAGCCCAGCCGCGGCCUCGACCUGGGCCAGCUCGAAUCCAGCGACCCCAGCGACAAGAAGCUGCAGCCAGUAGUAGCUAAGACCAUUGAAGAUAGCAUUAAAGCUCUUGAGAUGGACGACAAGUCUGCCGCCCCCAAGCUCGACAGGCACGCCGAGAAAAGAGUCAGGCCCGCAUGGUUUGCAUUUAAGGAGAGAAGACUCCAAGAGAUGGCCGACGAUGGCACUGGGAAGGGCCUGCGCCUGACCCAGAGAGUACAACAGAUCGAAAAGGAAUUCGAUAAGAGUCCCGAGAACCCCAAAAACCAAGCCCACGCCAGUCAUAAUACCUCGCGGGAAGAGAUGGAGGAGCUGCAGAACAGGAUAAUGGCAGAAACCGAGGCCAGGCUCACGUCAAAGUAA